CACUAUGGGAUUGAGUACCACUCUCUUUGUGAUGGCCUUCCUGCACUCUGGUGCUGCUUCCAUGAAGAGUCAAGCGUAUUUCAACGAGACUGGAGAACUUCCAUGCUACUUUACAAACUCUCAAAACAUAAGCCUGAAUGAGCUGGUAGUAUUUUGGCAGAACCAGGAUAAGCUGGUUCUGUAUGAGCUAUUUGGAGGCAAAGAGAAUCCUAAAAAUGUUCAUCCCAAGUACAAGGGCCGCACAAGCUUGGGCCAGGAUAAUUGGACCCUGCAACUACACAAUGUUCAGAUCAAGGACAAAGGCUUGUAUCAAUGCUACAUCCAUCAUCGCAAAGGGCCCCAAGGAAUGAUUUCCAUCCACCAAAUGAGUAUUGACCUAUCAGUGCUUGCCAACUUCAGUCAACCUGAAAUAAUGCUAAUUUCUAAUAGAACAGAAAAUUCUGACAUCAUAAAUUUGACCUGCUCAUCUGUACAAGGUUACCCAAAACCUAAGAAGAUGUUUUUUCUGAAAAAAACCAUGAAUUCAACUACUGAGUGUGAUGGUGUCACGAAAGUAUUUCAAAAUAACAUCACAGAACUAUACAACGUUUCUAUCAGCUCGCCUUUUCCAGUGUCUCCUGAAACAAAUGUGAGCAUCUUCUGUGUCCUGCAACCUGAGACAACACAGACACAGCUUUUCUCUCAACCUUACAAUAUAGAUGCAAAGCCACCUCAGCCACCUCAGCCUGCCCAAGACUUUGUCGUCCUGACUGCUUGUUUAAUAAUUGUGAUAUUCCCACUUGUGUUUGUGGCGUCCUAUCUAAUACUAAAGAAAAUGAAGAAGCCUCGCCCCUCUCAUGAAUGUGAAGUCGCCCAAGCAGAAGAGGAAGAGAGCGAACAGGAAAGAGUAGAAAACCGUGUACCUGAAAGGUCUGACGAAGCCCAAUGUGUUAACAUUUCGGAGACAGCCUCAGGGUCAGUGAGGAAAGCAGACGAACUCAGAAUUUGGGAGACUAGGAGAGGCAGAGAUGGAAGCACUCUGGAUCCUGGAGCCAUUUCCAUGUUGGUUGUUGCUGACAUUGAAGAGGACACACGUGCCCAACAAGCUAUCGCUAAGCCUUAG